AUGCUGCUGAACGCCGGGGCCUGCCAGCUACUCGAUCAACGGGACAAUGUUGGCUUUUCUCCUUUGGCUUAUGCAACCCAUGCCAAAUGCUUGGAAGCGGUCCGGCUCUUGGUCGAAGCUGAUUGUGCUCUCCAUGUGCGGGGAUCCUUCUCGCUUGCUGGCGACUUUCGUGUCGCAUUUACCUCAGACAUCUUGUUCGAAGCGACGCAGCGGAGCUCCUUUGAAAUCGUGAAGUAUCUUGUUGAAGCAUUGUCAGACAGGCGGAAGCGUCUGGCCACCAUCGCUCUCCAACAUUUGCCAUGCAAGGCUAGACAAUUCUUGGACCUCUCUGGCGAUACCGUCUUGGAUGCUGAUGCGUUGUUGGUGGCAGAGCUGCUUGCCAAACAUGACGUUGCAGUACCGUCUAGCUUGCAUGUUCCGGACGACUGGAAGACCAUAUACCACUUACUAGUGAAUUUUCUUACAAGAAUCGACCAAAGCAUAACACUAAAGGGAUGCGCAGAACUAUUCUACAACGCCGGCUUCCGCGACGUUCAUCGAGUUGACGAUCGGAACAAGAGUCUGCUCAUGAUGAAUAUUCUAACCUAUUUGGACACUAGCUCGCCCAAAGAGGUUGCACAGUUCUAUCUCUGGCUCAUCAGUAAAGGCUUGAGGUUGGACCACAAGUCACUUCGUCUGACGGAGCUAGGAGAACAAGUACCACACUUGCCGGCUGCACUGCACGUAAGCAGAGCUCUCAUCGGGUGUAUAGGGCGGCAUCAGGUAGAAGCGAGUGAUAGGUUGUCGGAAACGCCAUGGCCAGAGAGGUUAGAGGAUGAAGAAGUUUGUAUCCUUCUAAGGAUGCUAGUUGAUGAGACCGUUACCGACGACUGCAUCUGUGCUUGCUCGUUGCAUGGCUGCUCUGCACUGACGGAGAUCUUGAAAACAACUGGGAGCUGGGUCCACUGGCUUGAGAGCCACUACCCCGGAGUUGACAGGGGCGCUGCACGUCAUAUCCUCAACUAUCUCAUCAGAUGGCUGGACAGGGCAAAGACAGACACGUGGGAAGGUUUCACCACCGACGUUAUCCGGUUCAUGACCUUCCAAAGGCUUCUUCUAACGCAUACAUGUUGUACCUGGACAGAAGGAUAUAUCUUUGGCGAUUUCGUCAUCUUCAACGAUGAAGAUCGAGACAACAUCCGUGAGGAGGAGUCAGAAGACCUGACCCAGCUCGAAUCACUCAUGGAAGAGUUUGAAGAAGCAUUCAACGAGCUGAAGCUUCCUCUACCGGAGUUCCUUGAGCAAUACUGGGAGCCGACGAUGGCUGAAGUCAUGCAACCAGGAGAAGUGGAUGAAGACAGCGCAGCCAAGAUUGCGGAACUGGGUGUCGUGCUGCAACCCAUACAAACACCCAACCGUGGACCUACACUGCCAACCAUCCGAAGAUUCAGGCCGCGAGGGACCAAGGACUUGUCAUCGUCUUCGGGCAGUGUGCAGACACCCACGACAAGCGGUCACAAACAUCGGAGGCGCAAUUCAUGCUAA